AAAGCCGGCUGUUACGUCUUUUUCAUACCCUAUCUACACCAUAUAGGUUCAUCCCAGUGUCUACAUGACAUAUGCAGAAAUGAGACGAUCACAGUGAUUCUGAAAAUAAUAUGAGUGAUUAUGGAAUAUUUGGUUUGCGGGCUUAAUAACUCCGAGUUAGACACCAGUCGUCCAACCCGAAGGGGAAAUCAGUCAGCUGAUCAGCAUUUACUGAAGACUAGAAAAUGAGGUUCCGCUUUUGCGGAGACUUGGACUGUCCGGAUUGGGUGCUUGCGGAAAUCAGCACUUUGGCAAAAAUAUCCAGCGUAAAGAUGAAACUUCUUUGUGUCCAAGUGCUGAAGGAUCUACUUGGAGAGGGCAUUGAUUAUGAUAAAGUUGCAAAACUCACUGCAGAUGCAAAGUUUGAGACUGGUGAUAUAAAAGCUAGCGUGGCAGUGCUGAAUUUCAUCCUCUUUAGCGCAGCUAAGAAUGACGUGGACAGUGAGUCCCUAUCCAGUGAGCUGCAGCAGCUGGGCUUGCCCAAAGAGCACGCAACGGGUCUGUGCAAGUCGUACGAAGACAACCACUCUGCCUUGCAGGACAGACUUCGGGAAAGCAGUCUGCGCUUGAAUCGCCUGGAGGACAUCUCAUGGCGCGUGGACUACACACUCAGCUCCAGCGAGAUGAAGGAUGUCAGGGAACCAGUGGUCCAGCUCCGGCUCCGGGCCCAAGGCAUCGAUCCAGGCUCCACACAAUCGACCGUAUUCUCUGUUAGUGCAGACAAGUUCAGGGUCUUGCUGAUGGAACUCAAGCAAGCCCAAGCCUUGAUGAAUUCCCUGCAUUGAAGGAAGCACCAAUUUGCACUGACAAUUUUUCAUCUAGAAAUGCAUUCAUUCAAUUACAUUUAACGACAGCAGGUUCAUUAAGGCAGCUGGCGAAUGGUGGUGUUAUUUCCGUGCAGGAGAAACUGCAUAAAAGCAGUGUGAAUACUUCAGAAGGUCAUUUAAUUCAUGAAUGGAUGCAGAAGCCUUUUCAGGAAAGCGGAUAGCAGGAUAGAUAGAGAACCAAGCAAUUCAGAAAACUGUAGGACAGUUCAAGGUACUUCUGCUGCUAUGAACAGUUGUUUUGUUGUUGUUGCAUUAAAAAGUUGCCUAAGGAACAAAGUACAUUUAGUUUUGGGUAGAGAUGGGCUGAGAAACUGCCUUGCAGUGGGUAACUGCAUGUCAGCAUGCAGUACUGUCUUUUAUAAUUUGGUGCUUUAAUCUUCCGUUUAUCUUAUUACAGAGUGCAUGUCUAGUGUUACCCAACAAGGCAGUGCAGUUCAAGGGUAGGACUGACGUCAUGGAAACUGUGACAUAGGAUCUGAUUUAAUGUUUUAUUGGAUAUGGGAUUUGAAUUGUUUCCGCAGACUUAAAACUUAGGGAACAUUUCAUAUGGUUGAGAUGUCAAAGUCUUGGUGAGCCUGUAUACAUUCUUCUGCUAAUGAAAACUGGUUUGUGAUGUAGAAUGCAAUUCUGGUUAUUUAUUGUGCAACUCAUUUCUUAAAAAGCAACUGAGAUGGGAACGCCAAGGGAAUUCGAUUUCAAAUUUACAUUUGGCAUUAUUUUGCCGUUUCAUACAUUAAACGGAGUAUCACGUUUUUUUUUCUCUCCACGCAAUUAAAGAUGUCUCUAUGUAUACAAUAUCCACAGCAUAUCAUUGGCUUUUCUUUGUAUAGUUGUAUUGUGUAUCUAAAUUAUUGUAGUCAAACUAAUUGUCCAAAAAUGAAUUAUUGCAAGUAAUGUUUAGAGACACUUCGGGUAGCUGUUUUAACAUGAUGUGCUGUUGAAUGUUGGAGAGGUGCCCAACUUUAAUUGCUUUGAUUAAAACUAAAAUAAAAAUUAAAGUUCGACCUAUACUAUAUCUGCAACAUUACCAGUUAAAGUGAGCUGUUCAUUACGGGUACGUCCGUUGUUUUCUGCUGGGGUGGGACUUAAAACAAAGUGAUUGAUAUUUUCGGUGUAGCCUAUAUAUCAACUUCCUGCAACAGAACAUUGCUCUAUAAAUAUUUACAUUUAAACGACGUAAAAUUUGAGAACUUGCCUUACUUGCUUGAAACUAAUGUAUGACGUCAGUUAAAUCUAAUUUGCUGGUUUAAGAAGGCUACCCCUAAAAAUAGAUUGCAUUGAUUUAAACAUUUAUUUUCUUAAUUUUAUAGUGAAUAAAUACUAAUGAUGAUAAUA